CGACUCUCACUGUCUCACUGGAAGAGAAGUGGACGUUUCACCGUCAACGGAUGAAAGGUUGUCUCGUGAUUUUGUGAAGCUUCAGAUUUAUAAAAUCCUCCAGUGGUUAGAUCUUCAGUCAGAUUCUGAGCGUGAAGGUUUAAGAGCCCCAGCACCAUGAGCCCAGCCGGGACUUCCCCGCUGUUUUCCAUCCACCAGCUGCUUUUCUCGGUGACUAUCAUCUCAACUGAACUUCAAUAUUCAGCAGCAGGAGGUUCUGCUGAGAACCUCAAGUCCAACAGCACUGUCAGCAACCACAACCACACCAAAUGUGGUGGCGGGAGCACCGAGUGCAAAGAGGGCGUCAUCCUGCCAGUGUGGCUGCCGGACAACCCAGCCUUCAGUGAACGCAUCGCCAGAGCCACCAUUUACUUUGUGGGAUUAGCCUACAUGUUCCUGGGUGUCUCCAUAAUCGCUGACCGCUUCAUGGCGUCCAUCGAGGUCAUCACUUCCCAAGAAAGACAGAUCACCAUCAAGAAACCAAAUGGCGAGAAGGUCACCACUACAGUACGCAUCUGGAACGAGACGGUGUCCAACCUCACUCUGAUGGCGCUGGGUUCCUCCGCCCCAGAGAUCCUCCUGUCAGUCGUGGAGGUCUGCGGUCACAGCUUUGACGCCGGGGAACUCGGCCCCAACACCAUCGUAGGAAGUGCGGCCUUCAACAUGUUUGUGAUCAUUGGCCUUUGUGUGUCCGUCAUUCCUGAAGGACAGACUAGGAAGGUGAAGCACCUCCGGGUGUUUUUCGUCACCGCCACCUGGAGCGUCUUUGCGUACAUCUGGCUGUACCUGAUCCUGGCCGUCUCUUCUCCAGGGGUUGUUGAAAUAUGGGAAGGGCUUCUCACACUCCUCUUCUUCCCCAUUUGUGUUGGCUUUGCUUAUGUGGCCGACCGCAGACUUCUUUUCUACAAGUACAUGUACAAACGCUACAGAGCAGGGAAGCGGAAAGGAAUAAUCAUCGAGACCGAGGGAGAACCAGAGCUUCCCUCCAAGGUCGACGUUGAAAUGGACGGAAAGAUGCUCAGCUCCCGCGGAGAGGAGCUCGUGGAUGGAGAGACAGGGUUCGAUCUGAAGGAGCUGGAUGAGGAGGAGGCCCGCAGAGAGGUGGCCAGGAUCCUGAAGGAGCUGAAACUAAAACACCCAGAGAAGGAGAUGGAGCAGUUGAUGGAGCUCGCUAAUUAUCAGGUUCUAACUCAGCAACAGAAGAGUCGGGCUUUCUAUCGCUGUCAGGCGACCAGGAUCAUGACAGGAGCAGGAAACAUCCUGAAGAAACACGCCUCUGACCAGGCCAAGAGAGCCGCCCUGCACAACCUCUCCUCCGAGGUUUCAGCCAACGAUUUUUCCUCCAAGGUUUUGUUCGACCCUGGUGCCUACCAGUGUCUGGAGAACUGCGGCAGUGUAGCACUGAACGUGGUGCGUCGUGGUGGAGACCUCACCAGCACAGUGUCGGUGGACUACCGGACAGAGGACGGAACCGCAAACGCCGGCUCAGACUAUCAGUUCUCUGAAGGAACUAUCGUGUUCAGACCAGGCGAGACCGAAAAGGAAAUCCGCAUUGACAUCAUCGAUGAUGAUAUUUUUGAGGAAGAUGAGCAUUUCCUGGUUCAUCUUAGCAAUGUGAGGGUCAUAUCAGAGGAAGCUGGCUCAGACGGGUGCGAAGCAAACCACGUGGACGCCCUCGCAGGUUUGGGUCUGCCGUGCACCGCCACCGUCACGAUCUUCGAUGACGACCAUGCAGGGAUCUUUACGUUUGAGGAGCCGGUGGUGACCGUGAGCGAGAGUGUCGGGAUGAUGGAAGUGAAGGUGGUCCGGACCUCGGGAGCUCGAGGUGUGGUGGUGGUGCCGUACAAAACCACGGAGGGGACGGCUAAAGGAGGCGGCGAGGACUUCGAGGACACACACGGAGUCCUGGAGUUUGAGAAUGAUGAGAUCAUUAAAACUGUUCAGAUCAAUAUAAUCGAUGAUGAAGAAUAUGAGAAAAACAAGAAGUUCUUCCUAGAGAUCGGAGAACCUCGGCUGCUGGAGAUGAGUGAGAGGAAAGCCAUGUUGCUUCAGGAAGUCGGUGGAUUCGUCAAAACAGGCAGAAACGUCUACAGGAAGGUCCAGGGACGAGAGCAUCCACCCCCCUGCACCGUCAUCACCAUUACAGGGGAGGAGGGGAAGGAGACUCUAACGAAGAAGGAGGAGGAGGAACGGCGGAUCGCGGAGAUGGGCCGACCGACGCUGGGCGAACACGUCAAACUGGAGGUCGUCAUCGAGGAGUCGUACGAGUUCAAGAGCACCGUUGAUAAACUCAUCAAGAAAACCAACCUGGCCGUGCUGAUCGGGACCAACAGCUGGAGGGAGCAGUUUGUGGAGGCCAUGACAGUCAGUUCAGGUGAUGAUGACGAUGAGUGUGGUGAGGAGAAACUACCUUCCUGUUUUGACUACGUCAUGCACUUCCUCACCGUCUUCUGGAAACUUCUGUUUGCCUUUGUUCCUCCCACCGACUACUUGAACGGCUGGGCCUGCUUCGUCGUUUCCAUCUCCGGCAUCGGGAUGCUGACGGCGGUGAUCGGUGACCUGGCGUCUCAUUUCGGCUGCACCGUCGGCCUCAAAGACUCCGUCACUGCUGUGGUGUUUGUGGCUUUGGGCACUUCAGUUCCAGACACAUUUGCCAGUAAAGUAUCAGCGAUCCAGGACCAAUAUGCUGACGCCUCCAUUGGCAACGUGACGGGAAGUAAUGCUGUCAACGUCUUCCUGGGUAUCGGGGUGGCCUGGUCCAUCGCUGCCAUCUACCACUCCUCCAAGGGCGAUUACUUCAGGGUCGACCCGGGUACACUGGCUUUCUCUGUCACGCUCUUCACCAUCUUUGCCUUUAUCUGUUUCGCUGUUCUCCUCUACCGCCGGCGGCCCGAGAUCGGCGGGGAGCUCGGUGGACCCCGGGUUCCCAAGAUCCUUACCACCACUUUGUUCUUCAGCCUGUGGUUGAUGUAUAUCGUCUUCUCCUCACUAGAAGCCUACUGCCACGUAAAGGGCUUCUAAGAUUUUUGACUGCUUCCAAGAGGCUGAGAACUGAAGAACGGUUUGAUGGCUCCAUUAGGUUCCCUUCAUUUCUGUUGCUGGUCUAAAGGUUUGGUUCUACAGGUUGUAAGAUCCAUGAAAGUUGGUGGAAUCCUUAAGGUUCUACCGUAACUUCACAACUGGUUUUUGAAAGUUUGGAUGAACUCUUAAUAGUUUUAGCAGGUUCUUUGAGGAUCUGAAAGGUUUAUAAAGACAAAUAAAUACAUAUAAUGAUGGAUUCUAUGUCAUAUUUUAUGUUCUUUUAAGGUCUAUAGCAGGUUGAAAACAUCUUUGAUGGGUUGUUAUAAUCCAAAUGGUUCCUGAAGGAUUCUACUGAUUCUUGAUGUAUUUCUGAAGGCACCAACAGGUUCCUGCAUAUUCAGACAGGUUCCCAUAAUUUGUUAUUGUUGUUAUUUGUGUAAAAGUGUGGAUAGAAGUCUAAUGGUUAUAACAUCAAAUUGUUCUGUUGGGUUCUACUAGAGUCCUACAUAUCUUCCCAGGUUCCUUUAUCUCUUAUUAUUCUGUAGAUUCCUAAAGGUUGUGACCGACCUUUAGUCCAUCAGAACAAACAGUUUGAUGAUUUUUUUUCUCAAGUUCUUUGGGGUUUUUCGAAGGUUUAACUUUGUCAGGUUCAGAACAUGACAGGUGACUAAAGGUUCCUGGAAGAUUCCAAAGAUUUUUAAAGUCUGGUUUAAUCUCUACAGAUUUUUGGGUGUUGGACUUUAGUCUGGCUGCUGAGUGCUGGUGACCUCUAAGAUUUGACUGUCUCAUCCUCAUGUGCCUCCUGAAGAUUUGAAGACAUCACAGAUCCUUCACCUGUACCUUUAAACAAUGUGUUACUUUAAUUUUGACGUGCAUGGACUUUGAAACCACAACCACUGUAGUGAUCACCAUCAGCCGUGGUGAUGGAGGAGGCAGCUCCGGCUGCAGACGUCUGAACACCUGCAGGACGUGGAAGGCGACUGCAGCAAUAGUGUUGCACCUUCAUGAAUAAUAUGAUAAUUAUAUAAUAUAAUAUAGUUUGUUUUCACUAAUAGAUGAAAGACAGAAGCGUUUGGUGUUGACAACAUGUCUACCAUGAACUUUUUAAAACUGGAGUUGGACCUGGACUUUUGCAGUUCAAUGUAACUUCAAACACACUGAGAUGAUUCACAUGAUCUGUGAUGUGAUUGGUUGUUUGGAAACCAGAUGGAGCUGUUGCUUAUUAUCUGAUCCUUUAAAUAUUAAAUUCCAGUGAGUCACA